AUGCAGGGGCAUCGACGGCUGGUCGAGUUGGAGCAGGUCACCAAAGCUCCGAAGAUGCAGUGGGUCGAACAUCUGCAUUCGCAGGCGGCAGCUGGAGAGUGCACUGGGCUUUUACGUGAUGAUCUGGAGUGGACUCGCCAACACCAUCCCGCUCAGAGAAGAAGACUAGAUGAGAAAACAGAUCAGCUCGAGACAAUUGCCGUGCCUCCAGCAUCAGAACCUGUGACUACUGCCGAAUCCCUAACUGAGCCCCCCGAUAUGCAGUUAGAGAUGGAUGCUAGACCACCAGCACCCUCAGUGGCAUCUCUUGCAGACUGGCAUGACGAGCCAGCGGAUGAGAAAUUAGAGAGUUAUGCUGAGCCACCACCUGACUCAGUAGAAAGUACUGCACAAUGGCCUGAUGAGCCCUAUAACGAGAAGUUGGAAAGAGAUUCUGAGCCGCCACCAGACUCAGUAGAAAGUACUGCACAAUGGCCUGAUGAGCCCUAUAACGAGAAGUUGGAAAGAGAUUCUGAGCCGCCACCAGACUCAGCAGAAAGUACUGCACAAUGGCCUGAUGAGCCCUAUAACGAGAAGUUGGAAAGAGAUUCUGAGCCGCCACCAGACUCAGUAGAAAGUACUGCACAAUGGCCUGAUGAGCCCUAUAACGAGAAGUUGGAAAGAGUUUCUGAGCAGCCACCAGACUCAGUAGAAAGUACUGCACAAUGGCCUGAUGAGCCCUAUAACGAGAAGUUGGAAAGAGAUUCUGAGCCGCCACCAGACUCAGUAGAAAGUACUGCACAAUGGCCUGAUGAGCCGUAUAACGAGAAGUUGGAAAGACAUUCUGAGCCGCGACCAGACUCAGUAGAAAGUACUGCACAAUGGCCUGAUGAGCCCUAUAACGAGAAGUUGGAAAGAGUUUCUGAGCCGCCACCAGACUCAGUAGAAAGUACUGCACAAUGGCCUGAUGAGCCCUAUAACGAGAAGUUGGAAAGAGAUUCUGAGCCGCCACCAGACUCAGUAGAAAGUACUGCACAAUGGCCUGAUGAGCCCUAUAACGAGAAGUUGGAAAGAGAUUCUGAGCCGCCACCAGACUCAGUAGAAAGUACUGCACAAUGGCCUGAUGAGCCGUAUAACGAGAAGUUGGAAAGACAUUCUGAGCCGCGACCAGACUCAGUAGAAAGUACUGCACAAUGGCCUGAUGAGCCCUAUAACGAGAAGUUGGAAAGAGUUUCUGAGCCGCCACCAGACUCAGUAGAAAGUACUGCACAAUGGCCUGAUGAGCCCUAUAACGAGAAGUUGGAAAGAGAUUCUGAGCCGCCACCAGACUCAGUAGAAAGUACUGCACAAUGGCCUGAUGAGCCCUAUAACGAGAAGUUGGAAAGAGAUUCUGAGCCGCCACCAGACUCAGUAGAAAGUACUGCACAGUGGCCUGAUGAGCCCCAUAACGAGAAGUUGGAAAGAGAAUCUGAGCCACCACCUGACUCAGUAGAAAGUACUGCACAAUGGCCUGAUGAGCCCUAUAAUGAGAAGUUGGAAAGAGAUUCUGAGCCGCCACCAGACUCAGUAGAAAGUAUUGCACAAUGGCCUGAUGAGCCCUAUAACGAGAAGUUGGAAAGAGAUUCUGAGCCGACACCAGACUCAGUAGAAAGUACUGCACAAUGGCCUGAUGAGCCCUAUAACGAGAAGUUGGAAAGACAUUCUGAGCCGCCACCAGACUCAGUAGAAAGUACUGCACAAUGGCCUAAUGAGCCCUAUAAUGAGAAGUUGGAAAGAGAUUCUGAGCCGCCACCAGACUCAGUAGAAAGUACUGCACAAUGGCCUGAUGAGCCCUAUAACGAGAAGUCGGAAAGAGAUUCUGAGCUGCGACCAGACUCAGUAGAAAGUACUGCACAAUGGCCUGAUGAGCCCUAUAACGAGAAGUUGGAAAGAGAUUCUGAGCCGCCACCAGACUCAGUAGAAAGUACUGCACAAUGGCCUGAUGAGCCCUAUAACGAGAAGUUGGAAAGAGUUUCUGAGCAGCCACCAGACUCAGUAGAAAGUACUGCACAAUGGCCUGAUGAGGCCUAUAACGAGAAGUUGGAAAGAGAUUCUGAGCCGCCACCAGACUCAGUAGAAAGUACUGCACAAUGGCCUGAUGAGCCCUAUAACGAGAAGUUGGAAAGACAUUCUGAGCCGCGACCAGACUCAGUAGAAAGUACUGCACAAUGGCCUGAUGAGCCCUAUAACGAGAAAUUGGAAAGAGUUUCUGAGCCGCCACCAGACUCAGUAGAAAGUACUGCACAAUGGCCUGAUGAGCCCUUUAAUGAGAAGUUGGAAAGAGAUUCUGAGCCGACACCAGACUCAGUAGAAAGUACUGCACAAUGGCCUGAUGAGCCCUAUAACGAGAAGUUGGAAAGAGAAUCUGAGCCACCACCAGACUCAGCAGAAAGUACUGCACAAUGGCCUGAUGAGCCCUCUAAUGAGAAGUUGGAUAUACAUGAUGAGCCCUCCAAUAAGGAAUGUUUGGCAACCACCUCUAUCUUUGCAGAAUAUUGUCGUUUGAGAGCAUCUCUUAGUGUUGGCCUUAUGAAAGUAAUGCCCUUAAAAACAGGACCAUUUCCGAUCAAAACAGCCUUUAUCGUUACAGGCCCACCGAAGAAAAGGGCCUUUACUGAACGGAAGGUGUGUCCUAUUAAGGCAGCCUUCAUAGUCACAGGGCCUCCAAAGAUAAGAGCAUUUACUCCAAAGAAGGUCUGA